AUGGAUAGUUACACGUCAGUCAUCAUCAGGUGGAUAAAAGCAAGGAAUGAAGGUGUCAAAAGGAAUGAGCAGAGCGAUUGUUGGUGGCCUUUGGCCAGAGCUUUUGGAGGCCGAAGGUCUCUUCAGCUUCAGAUCUUGCCAUGGCCGUGCUGCGAGGCAGUGCGGGACGGGGACAAGGCAAGUGCAGCCGGCCUCUCCCGCCGGGGCCCGGCACAGCCCCCAGCCUGCGCUGCGCAGCAGGAGGAGAAGAGCUGGGAGCUGGAGGUGCUGCAGGCCCAGCUGGAGGGCGAGCGGCUCCACUGCCAGGAGCUGCAGCGCCGCUGGGCUGCCGAGAGAUGUGAGCUGCAGGAGGCGGCAGAGCGGGAGCGGCAGCUGCUGGCCGACCAACUGCAUUGUGCCUGGGAGAAGCAGCAGGCCCAGGAAGAGCAGCAGCUGAAGGAGUGGGAGCAGCGGCAGCGGGCGACGGGGACCCGGCAGCUGCUGCUCUGGAAGGAGGCCGAGCUGCGCGCCACAAAGGAGCUGCUGCAGCGGGAGUGCGAUGCAGCCCUGCGCCAGGCUCGGGAGCUGCAGCAGCAGCUGGCCAAGGUGCUGAGGAACCCCCCCAGCAGCGAGGCGGCCCAUGCCCAGCUGCAGGACGUCCUCAGCAAGCUGCGCUGGGAGACGGAUGGGGAGCAGCCCGCCUGCAUCCGCCACCUCCAGCAUCAGCUGGAGCUGGAGAGGAGGCUCUUCAACCAGUACAUCGUGGGGAGCUGGGCAGACGUGCUCCGUAACGGAAUGUCCUGCUCCCAGGACGGAGAAGGAGCUCUGCGCCGCCACUGUGCAGAGCAGGGCUCCAGUCGACCGGCCAUGAAGGACGCUCACGUCCAGGUGCCAGAGACAGCCAAGGAAGACCUGGGGCUCCCUGGAAGCCGGCCCUCACCCCGCCGGGGCCCGGCACAGCCCCCCGCCUGCCCUGCGCAGCGGGAGGAGAAGAGGCAGGAGCUGAAGGCACUGCAGGCCCAGCUGGAGGGUGAGCGGCUCCGCUCCCAGGAGCUGCAGCGCCGCUGCGCUGCUGAGAGACGUGAGCGGCAGGAGGCGGCAGAGCGGGAGCGGCAGCUGCUGGCCGACAAACUGCGCUCCAAGUGGGAGCGGGUGCGGGUGUCAAAGCUGCAGCGCCUGCGGGAGCAGAGCCUGAGGCAGUGGGAAGCAGAGAUUCGCCAACUGCUGCGGGAGAAGGAGGCCCAGCUGCGCCAGAUGACGGAGCUGCUGCAGAAGCGGCGCAACGACACCAUCCGCCACGCAUGGCAUCUGCAGCGGCAGCUGGCGGAGGCGCUGCUGAGGAGCGGCAGCAGCAGAGCGGACCGCAGAAUGCAGCAGCAAGUCCAGCGGCAGCUCUGCUGGAAGUCCCGUGGAGAGCAGGCCGUGGAGAGCAGCGCCUCAGUGUGAGCUGCAGGAGCAGAGAAAGGCGCUUCCUGCACUACAUCCUGGAGCACGUGGAGGGGCAGCCACCCGCCUCCUGCAGCGGGGCCAGGGCCUGCCGUCGGCUGUAGCAGAGGUGGGUGUUCAGGCUGCAGAGCACAAGAGGCCCUGAGCAACCUGGAGAGGCAGUGCCAGGCCCUGAAGGCCCAGAACCACCCUGAAGCCCAGAAGCGUGCCAGAAGCUGCAGAGUGUCCAGCAGGCUGACAUCAAACUUGGAGCACUCGGCAAGCGUCUGGAGGAAAACUGCACACAGCUCCAGGAGAUGGGGACAAAGCUGAGGCCGCACGGAAAUCCCAAACGGGAAUGCUCCAACCCCCAGGAAAAGCUGGGGGAGCCGAACGUUUGGACAGCGGCAGUCUGCAUCAUGCAUUGUCGCAGACCAUCACCACCAAUACGAAGAUUCAUAGCUCGUCACAGCUACAAUCCUUUUGAGGGCCCGAAUGAGGACCCAGAAAACGAGCUUCCACUGACAGCUGGACAAUACGUUUACAUCUGUGGAGACAUGGAUGAGGAUGGCUGGUUUCUGGGAGAGCUGACAGACGGCACAAGAGGACUGGUUCCUUCCAAUCUGGUGGAAGAAGUUUCAGAUGAUGAGCUGGAUACCACCGUGCCUCCAGGGCUUCGUGAUCUCCUGCUGGAUACCGAUGACGAAGAGAGACCAGGCAGCAGGAGAGGGGCAGAAAGUGAUGGUCACCAUCCAGAAAUCUGUGCCUGUGUGUGGCUUAGCCUGGGGGACGCCGAGAUUCCUCUCCAUAAGACAGCAACAUCCCAUCAAGAUUCCACCUUUCUGGAUGAAGGCUACCUCCUGCUCCACUUGAUGUUCAAGUGGAGUGUGGUCCAUCAGCAGGAAGACCUUAAAAAUUCAUCCCUUGUAAGACUGAGAAUUUAUUACAUUUGGACUGGAUUAAAAAAAAAAAAA